AUGUACGGUUGGAACUUCUCGAGAUGCUUUAAUAAGAGACAUUACUCCCAUGAUUUGCAGAACGUUUUCAAGGAAGAAGUGAAGAAAGUUAAUGAAUGGUGGGCAACUCCACGGUUCCGUCAUAUUCAUAGACCUUAUAGUGCCGAGGACGUGGUAAAGCACCGUGGUAGUCUCCCACUAGAAGUGACGAGAUACCCAUCAUCGUAUCAAGCUCAGCGUCUUUUUCAGUUGCUGGAUGAAAAAUUCCACAAGAGGGAACCAUUGCACACUCUCGGUGUCAUCGACCCCGUGCAAAUGAGUCAGUUAGCCAGGUGCAAGGACAUUCACGUCGCUUACAUAUCCGGAUGGGCGUGCUCUUCUACGUUGGUGGGGUCAACUAAUGAAGUUUCACCAGAUUUUGGCGACUACCCCUACGAUACUGUCCCAAAUCAAGUUGAAAGGAUCUUCAAAGCCCAGCAAAUGCAUGAUAGGAAGCUAAUGCUAGAAAAAUUGGGUCCCCACAAGAAAGAAAUCGAAGAGACAAACUAUUUGAAGCCAAUAAUCGCUGAUGCAGAUAUGGGCCAUGGCGGUACCACGACAGUAAUGAAAGUGGCCAAGUUGUUUGCUGAGAAAGGUGCCGCUGGUAUCCACUUGGAGGACCAACUGGUGGGAGGCAAGAGAUGUGGUCAUCUAAGCGGUGCAGUCAUUGUUCCCACAUCGACGCAUGUCUCCAGACUAGUUGCAACAAGGUUCCAGUGGGAUUUGAUGGGCACAGAGAACCUCUUGAUCGCCAGAACGGACUCUUGCAAUGCCAAAUUGCUAAGCAGUAGUAGUGACCCUAGAGAUCACCAGUACAUCAAGGGCGUCAUUAAUCCGCAGGCGGUUGCAUGGAGUGAAAUACUGACACAGCUAGAAAGCGGUGCCACAGAGAGCACGGCAAUUGCAGAAGCAGAAACAGAAUGGUACGAACAGAAUAAGAUCAUGACCUUCGAUGAGGCGGUUGAACAGCAAGUGAACCGGGAUCAAUAUGAUACCUAUCUUGAAAAGAAAGCUAACAAGAUGAGUAAAUUGAAUAGGGUAUAUUUGAGCCUGGCAGAAAUGAGAAAACUCGCCGCUCUAGCCGCUCCAAAGCAGCAGAUCUUUUUCGACUGGGACAAACCACGCACCAAAGAGGGUCACUACAUGUUCCAAGGCUGCAUGGAGGCUGCCAUCGGUAGAUCACUGGCUUUUGCCCGUUAUGCAGACAUGCUUUGGCUCGAGACAAAGACUCCCGAUUUGAAACAAGCCGGCUCGUUUGCUUCUACAAUUCACAACGUAUACCCAGAGGCAAGAUUAGUCUACAACUUAUCACCAAGUUUCAACUGGAGCUCCCAUGGUUACACUGCGGAAGCUUUGCAGAGUUUCAUCUGGGACUUGGCCAAGCACGGAUUCAUUUUGCAACUAGUUUCCCUAGCUGGUCUGCACGUCGAUGCCCUCUCCUUCUGGCAACUAGCUCGUAGAUUCCAAAAAGACGGCAUGAGAGCUUACGUCGAACAAGUCCAAAGAAUCGAGAAGGCAGAAAACUGUGACAUCCUAACGCACCAAAAAUGGUCUGGAGUCGAAUACAUUGACUCGUUGUCAAAAGUGCUGGAUGGAUCUUCCUCCCACACCUCGAGCACAUCUGGUGAUAGUUACACGGAGUCGCAGUUCUAA